UCGACAAACCAAACCAUUUACUGAAACUUCUGAGCGCGCAUUCUUUUUUUUUUUUUUUUUUUAAAUCGGGUUUCUCCCAUCUUUAUUUAAGUAACUUUAAGCUUAUGCCGACAUGCGAAUUACAAUUCCGAUUAUCGAGUCACCAUGCGCAUCAUUAAGCCAUCGUGGCUGAGCCAUAGAGGCGAGCAGAAAGACUUCGAGGUUUAUAGCUGCCACGUAUCGCCUGAUGGCAAACGACUUGCAACCGCCGGUGGAGAUGGCCAUGUUCGAGUUUGGUCAAUAGAAUCCAUUUACAACGCCGACGAUCCUUCCUACACGAAACCGAGGCAGCUCUGCCAUAUGAGCCAUCACCUCGGUACCAUCCAUUCCGUGCGCUUUUCACCCAAUGGUCGUUACCUCGCAUCAGGAGCAGACGACAAGAUUAUAUGUAUAUAUCAACUUGAAAGUGGUCCACCUACCAUCGCACCCUUUGGAACGAAUGAGCCCCCUCCCGUCGAGAAUUGGAAGACUUCAAGGCGAUUAAUAGGGCACGAUAAUGAUGUUCAAGAUCUCGCAUGGUCCUACGACGGCUCCAUCCUCGUCUCCGUGGGUCUCGAUUCCAAGGUUGUUAUAUGGUCGGGACAUACCUUUGAGAAGCUCAAGGUACUUGGGAAUCAUCAAAGCCAUGUGAAGGGGAUUACUUUCGACCCUGCAAAUAAGUUCUUUGCUACUGCUAGCGACGAUCGAUCUAUCAAAAUAUUCCGGUUUACUCCCCCAGCCCCUAAUGCGACUCAACAUGAUAUGGUUAAUAAUUUUCAACUCGAAACUACUAUUAGCGCUCCCUUCAAAUCCUCCCCAUUAACUACCUAUUUUCGAAGAUGCUCGUGGUCACCAGAUGGUAACCACAUUGCUGCAGCUAAUGCUGUCAAUGGUCCUGUAAGCUCUGUUGCAAUUAUCGAGCGAAGUAGGUGGGACAGCGAAAUCAACUUGAUCGGCCAUGAAGGUCCUACCGAAGUUUGCAUGUUUUCUCCUCGAUUAUUCCACACCAAGAAGCCUGUGGAAAAUGGAGCAACUAAUGGUCAUCCCGGGGGGUCUUUGGUCACAGUAAUAGCGUCGGCAGGCCAAGACAAGACCUUGAGCGUUUGGAACACUAAUACAUCUAGACCCGUGGUCAUCCUGCAGGAUAUGGCAUCAAAAUCAAUAUCAGAUCUUGCUUGGACGCCCGAUGGACAAAUCCUAUUUGCAUCAAGUCUUGACGGUGGCAUUGUCGCGGUUAAGUUCGACACCGGGGAAUUGGGCUGGGUGGCUAACCUGGAGGAAACGGAUAAGGCCCUGUCCAAGUACGGCGCUUCUCGGAAAGCUAUGGGAAUAGCAGAAGACGUUGAUGGGCUCCAGCUAGAAAAUCACAGCAAGGAAGGGGAGAGAAAAGGUGCCGAAUCGCGAAUGGGAGCGCUAAUGGGUGACUUUCAUCCGCUUCCGAAGGAUGCACCCCCUACAGCUAAUGGCGUUAAGAGUAGCAGUAGCACUGCAACACCAAACCCGCCACCGACGAAUGGACAGACGGACGCUCAGCCAGAAAAAGAAAAGGCGCCCGCCGCUGAAGAGUCGGCCGAUAAAGUCGCCGAACGGGUGACUGAAUUGAAAUCACGCGUAACUAUUACCAAGGACGGGAAGAAAAGAGUAGCGCCCAUGCUCAUUUCAUCAUCUGGAACUGGUCAAUCAUCGCUUCCGCAAAGCCAGCUAGUUGGAUCUAGCUCCUCCAAAGCCGCACAGAACGACGCCCCACAAACGAUACUGGAUCUCUCGAAACCGUAUGACGGAUUACCUGAGGGAGGGUUGGCAGCUAUGCUCCUUGGAAAUAAAAGGAAAGCUAUUGUGUCCGAAGGCGAAGACGACGAGGAGCAUCCAAGCAAGCGAUCCGCGUCUGGGCCAAGAGCUAUAAUGAGAAAUGGAGUAGAAGGUCUCGAGCCCGCAACUCUUGAACCGCCUAAACAUGGUCUCAUACCAACGCCGGAAUAUCUCCGACCAGCCAUUCUUAAUCCCUCUAUUGCAGUCUCUCAAGUUCGUUUAGCAGUACCUAAAGUUAGGUCGCAUAUCGUUCGCCCAUUAGAACGAGGCGUGCUGCAGGAUGAGAGUAGCUUAGAGGAAGCAUCGAAAGUACCGGAGAAUGUGAUCUUGGAAGCAAAGAACCCGGUAUCAAUUCGAGAACCCUCUCAUAUCACCGCUACGAAGCGCGGUACUCUACUCUGGCAAGAUUACCUUCCACGGGCUAUCAUCCUGGUGACUGGUAGCAAGAGAUUCUGGGCAGCAGCGUGCGAAGACGGCAGUAUAUAUACUUGGACUCCUGCGGGCCGUCGAUUAAUAAAUGCGAUGGUAUUGGAGUCCCAGCCGGUAAUUCUGGAGUGUCGCGAUUGGUGGCUGCUUUGCAUUACAGCGGUUGGUAUAUGUCAUGUUUGGAAUAUUAACACGCUAUCGUCGCCCCAUCCACCAGUUUCGCUUGCGCCUGUAUUAGAGAUUGCCAUUAGUUCGCUCCAAACGCAUGGCGCCAUGCCCGGUCCGGGUGUUACAUCUGCCCACUUAAACUCUAGCGGUCACAUUGUUGUUACCCUUACAAAUGGCGACGGGUACUAUUAUUCUCCAACGAUGUAUUCCUGGCAACGACUGUCUGAGUCCUGGUGGGCUGUGGGCAGCCAGUACUGGAAUAGCAACGAUUCUUCAGUCGGAGCUUUGCAAUCUACCGCAGUUGGAUCUGCAUCGUUAAAGGACGGUCAGGGUGAUGGAGCAACUGUUUCGGCCGGUAUUAUUCCUUACUUAGAACGACAUACGACGAACGAAUUCCUACUAAAGGGGAGAGCAUAUACCUUACAGCGACUAAUCAAGACCCUCCUCUCGAGGGACGGCUUCGAGUCCUUCGAGUCAAGUGUCAGUAUCGCCCAUCUAGAGAACCGGAUUGCCGGUGCGCUGCAGUUGGGUUCGAAGGACGAGUUCCGGCUGUAUUUGUUCAUGUACGCGAAACGGAUAGGAGCAGAGGGCCAUCGGGGGAAGGUAGAAGAACUUCUCAACAGUUUAGUCGGUGGCGUAUUGCAAGAUAAAAAGGGGGAGAAUGCAGAGGGCAAGGGAUGGUAUAGUCAGGACGAUGAUAUCUGCGGAUGGGACCGAAAGGACCUCCUAAAAGGCGUAGUGAUGAUUCUAGGAAAAUUCCGGGAACUCCAACGCCUUACUGUACAAUAUGCACGAAUCCUCGAGCUCACACACGAGGACGACAUGGCUGGGGAUGAUAUGAUGGUUGAAACGUGAUGUGCUCCGUUUCUAGUAAGGGCAGGAGUUAGGUAGCAAAUAGGGAAUUGUUCAUUAUUGAUUUCCAAGAUGAGAAACUCUGUGACAUGAUAGGAUUAUGCAAUACAGUCUGGAUGGACAGGAAACUACCUAAGUUCUACAGUGUCUACCAACAUUUAAGCAGCGUGCCUGCUUGAACAAUAUGGGUGACCCCGUGAUCAGAUAACAGACGGGUUGAUUAGGCGGGUGAUGGGACUCGUGGAUCAACCCGUGGCUGGCUGGCUGGCAUCUGACUGACGGGUGGGGACCGUUCCCGUGGUUCCUCUCCGUGAAUCGUCUCCGUGGUUUCCAUAAACUUUAUACUGAGGCAGUUGCGUUCGAAGGUACCUCCUUACCGGACUUACCUCCUUAUGGAUUGCGGUUGUUUCCCUGAUAUUCUACAAACGACAGGUGAAAGGCACUAGGGGGGUUUUGAAUUUUGAUAAGGCUGUUUGUUUCCUCCUAGCCAACAGCAAUCAAACUACUUUCCAAUUUCGA